CGCAUGGAUACUUAGCAGCCGGUCUCUGAAAACCCUAGUGCCAACGGAUGUAAUCAAGGCAAAGAUUUACGUCGAACUGGCAUACAUGGUGAAAUUCUCAUGGGAUCAGAGCGGAUGGAGAUGCGCAAGCGACAGAUGUCGGUGCAGCAGGAAACGGCGAGCGCCGUCCAGGCGCCGCACGGCGCGGGGAACAGGGGCUCCAACGCCUGCUGCUUCUGCUGGUGCUGCUGCUGCAGCUGCUCCUGUCUCACUGUUAGGAAUGACGAGGGGGCUGAGAGUGCCCGGCGGACCUCCUGCGACGCCAAGAUAGAGGGGACCACAAACUGUGAGGAAAGCCUGAAGCCCACUGUGGAAGAGGUUCGUGCCUGGGGACAAUCUUUUGACAAACUUAUGAACAGCCCAGCUGGGAGGAACGCCUUCCGGGAGUUUCUACGGACAGAGUUCAGCGAAGAAAACAUGCUGUUUUGGUUAGCCUGCGAAGACCUCAAAAAGGAGACAAACAAAGGUGUUGUAGAGGAAAAAGUGCGACUAAUAUAUGAAGACUACGUGUCAAUCCUUUCACCUAAAGAGGUGAGUUUGGACUCCCGGGUUCGAGAAGUGAUCAACAGAAACAUGCUGGAGCCAACCUCCCAUACCUUUGAUGAUGCACAGCUCCAGAUCUACACGCUAAUGCAAAGAGACUCAUAUCCUCGCUACAUGAACUCUUCAGCCUACACGAGUCUGCUUCAGCUCUUAUCGGAGCAGUCUGUGGAAUCAUAGGCUCUGUCGUUUUUCAUUGUCGUUACUAUUUUAUUUUUGUUUGUAAAUUAUUUAGAGUAGACUAUUGGAAGAGGGCUUUUGUGCGCCUUGCAGGGAUUUUACAGCUGUAGUGAUCUACAAUGGGCCUGAGCCUGGCUUCCUUUACUCUGGACUUUAUCAUCUCAAAUCAGCUUAGGGCUCAGUGCCGUGAGCUCGCUACCACAUCAACAAAGCAAGACAGUCCAAAGGAUAUGAAAUGCGUUUUGACAUUUUAUUUCUAUUUUUUAUAAUUAUUAUUUUUUGUCCUAUUACCAUUUUAUAUUAUUGUCUUUAAGGAAAAGCAUGUUAUGGACUAUAUUUGUGAAAGUUGAAGUCAUAGUAUAUUUCUGGUAAGUUAUUUCCUCAACUUAAAUAUAUAUAAAUAUAUAUAUAGUUUUUGUCUUAUAAAAUAUAGAAAAGGGAAUUUUUGGCAUAUACCUGCCUGCCUGUUUCUGUGAACUGCGUAUGAGAAUCAAAGCUUGCCAAGGUGACAUAUCUCUUCUACUAAGAGGGAAAGAUGUGUUUUAAGUCAUCGUUAAGGGUUUUACUCAUUUUGCUUUCUAAUGUUUGCACCCUCUUCAGCAUGUUUCAUAGGCUGAAGGUACCCACCAAAAUUACCUGGCAACCAUACAUUUUUUCAAAUAUUUUAAAAAGGGAGUUCAUUAUGGUAUGGUAACAUAAGACUACUGUAAACAUUUAACCUCACUGUCAUAAUGGAUUGAAGACUGUCUUUUGGAGUUUGUGCUCCCUUUUUUGUUCCUAACAGUAAUUCUAGGUGUACAUAUUGUGGUUUUACUAUUUGUAAUUGUGUGCCUCAAAUGGAAUAGGAUUAUUUGUAAAUUGUACUAUAUAUGCAUACAAUUACAUGUAUUAAAAUAGCAAGACUUUGUAAAAUUACACAUUAUUUAUUAUGUAUUUUAAAUGAACAAAAUUACAUUUUUUUUCCAUUAGCUCUGUUCACAUUUUUGUAAUAUACUGCUUGCUUAGUUGAGAAAUAUGUGUUAGUCAAAUAAUAAGGGUUCAGUUAUAAAUCACUGUGACCUCUGUACUUUCAGGUCCAUAUUUAUGUUUUUAUGGCACUGGAAAAACUUUAAUGCAGUUAAACAAAAAUGAGGAUUCCUUAUGAAGGUGAGUCAUGAUCAUUUCUAAGAAUAUAGACAUUUCAUAAAAAUUAAAAUAAAGAAUAGGCCAUACAUUUCUUCAUGUAAAAUAGACAUAAUCUCAGAUCACUUCCUGCUAGUGACAUCAAAGACCCUGCUCUGUUUCCAUAAAGCUUUAUUUAAAGCUUUUGCAAUAGUUUUUGUUGUUGCCUGCAGUUCAUGCCAUGUUCUCAAAGACAAGAGCUACAAUUGGGGAAGUGCCUUGACAUUCAGUAUGUGACAUCUAUGUUGACCAAGUUCUAUCCUAACUUUUGAACCUUUUGCCACAUGAAAAAUAACUAUUUUUUUUGCCAAUUUUGGAAGUAAAAAGGGUGGUGCUGUCACUUGUCUAUAUGUACUUGAUAUGUGCAAUUUGAGCAGAUGGAAAAAAUCAAGUGGAUCAACCUCAAAUAACCUAGUAACCUAAACCUGUGGUUUGGGAGUUAUACUGCCUAUAAAUGUUUUUUUGCUUCUGUUAUUGUAAUUUUCUUUUGAAACCAGAGUUUACAAAGAGAGACAUUUUUGAUGACUUGUAUGUGUUUAUGUUUAGAUUUUACCACUGAAUUGACAAAAUGGGGGCAUUCCAAUUCUUUUAAAAUAUAAUAAAGCACAAUUUUAUCGAA